AGUGCCAGCAAAAAAAUGCACAUACUCAGCGUAGUCCUGCCAGGGCUUCUUCCCGUCCUGGCAUUAGCCGUUUUUGACAAACCAGAUGUAUCCCUCCUUAAAGGACGUUCGAGGAUAUUUGAAGGAGAACGGGAGUUUUCCAUAACAAUGAUGAAACAGAUCCGGGAAAACCAUCCCAACAAGAACCUCUUCUUCUCGCCGUUCAGCACCUAUAACGCCCUGCUUCUGGCCUAUUUCGCCUCCUCAGGACAGACAGAGCAGGAGCUGGCCAAUGUGUUGAAUCUAAAUUGGGCUCUUAACAAGGAGCAGGUUCGAAGCGCUUACAGAGUAGAUAAGGUACUCCACUUUGCUCGAUUCCAUCAAAGUCCGUUGGAGCUCACGUCGGUAAACCGCAUUUAUGUGGACAAAAAUGUGGAAGUGCUCGAUCACUUUAAAAAAGUUUUAUACGACGAAACAGAACCCAUCGACUUCAAGAACCAACCAGCAGAGUCUUUAAAGACAAUAAACGACUGGAUCGCCAAAAAAACCCAUAAUCAGAUCCGCGACAUGCUCAGUUCCGAUGAAAUCACCUCUCGCACCAUGUUGGUCCUGGCCAACGCCGCCUACAUGAAGGGGGCGUGGCUCAGUCAGUUUAAGGUGGAGAAGACCUCCCAUCAGCCCUUUUACAUAAAUGACCGUGAGCAAACAAUGGUAUCCAUGAUGCACCAGAGUGCCACCUUCAAGAUGAACAUAGAUGAACACUUGCAAGCUCAAAUCCUCAAGCUGCCCUACCGGACACAAUACGAAAAGGAAGAUGAGCAGCGUUUAAGUCCUGAGGAUAAGUCCGAUGUCUCCAUGGUCCUUAUCCUGCCGACCUCCUACGAAAACAAUGUGAAUGAUUUAAUAUCCCGACUGGAUGCAGAUAGCCUAAAGACGUUGAUUGAACAGUCCAUGCCGCGCGAAAUGGAGGUGGCCGUGCCCAAGUUCCAGUUCGAGCAGCGCCUGGGAUUGACUCCGAUCCUUGUCAAUAUGGGCAUAAACAAGAUGUUCGGAAGUGGCUCCACAUUUGAAGACUUGACCCCAGAGCACGUUUCUAUCGAUGACGCCCAACACGUGGCCAAAAUCAAGGUGGACGAGAUGGGAAGCACCGCUGCGGCGGCCACCAUCCUCAUAGCCAGCCGAUCGGCUAGGCAACCCGAUCCCACCAAGUUCAUUUGCGACCAUCCGUUUGUGUUCAUCAUCUAUGAUGAAAGAGUCCAUACGAUCCUGUUUGCUGGCGUCUAUAGUGACCCCAGGGAUAUGCAGCAUUAAAACUGAAUUUGUUUUCUCAUUGACUCAGCAAUUUUUGUAUACAAUGAAAGGAUAAUCAAAUUUUUAAAAAUGUUCACUAAUAAAUUUGUGCCUCGAAAA